CCGAAUCUUAGCGGCUCAGUCUGAUCAUCACCUGAUUCAUAAGCAGCUCCAACAUCUAACGUCACAUUCAAACGUGUCGCGUCAGAAACAAGAAGCCUUAAAAAACUAAGAUGAACCUGAGCAACGUGUGUGAAAUACUCGUACAAACGUGUACAGACUAAAUAAAAUGUGUAUAUAUACAAAUAAAGAACAACACACAGAUGAAUAUGUUUUAUAAGGUUCAGACCCGUCAGGACUCUAGAGCAGAGGAGACGUUCUCUGGGGGAACCGGUCUGGUUCUGGAGGUUCCCAGGAGAACCCUGCAGGUCUGACUGCACUGGGCCGGGGUGGGAGAAGAAGAACUGGACUGGCCUCAGAGUCCUGACCCCCGUAGAACCAGACCAGCCUAUGGGGGCUGGUUCAGUGAGAGCUGGUCCAGAUGAGCCUGCAGGAUUAUGCAGUAAUGAGCAGUAAUGAGCUUCAUGCUGACCAGGCUGAGAGCAGCGAGAUUAUAAAUGCAGCCGCUCAGACUCAGCGUCUAGAACACGUCUUCGUCCAACGUCUUCAACGCGUCUUCAUCCAACGUCUUCAACGCGUCUUCAUCCAACGUCUUCAACACGUCUUCACUGCUGCUCCAGGUUCAAAUCCGUCAACAUGAGCCCGAAACAUGUCGUCUUCAAGAAGGUCUCCAGAGACAAGUCGGUGGCCGUCUACAUGGGCCAGAGGGACUUUGUGGAUCACUGCGACUUUGUGGAUCCAGUUGAUGGCGUCGUGGUGAUCGACCCAGUUCAGACCAAAGGGAAAAACGUCUACGUGAUGCUGUCCUGUACGUUCCGAUACGGCCGCCAGGACAUGGAUGUGAUGGGCGUGGCCUUCAGGAGGGACCUGUUCCUGGUGACCCGGCAGGUUUACCCGGAGCUCCAGGACAAGGAGAAGCUCACCCACACCAAGAUCCAGCAGAAGCUCCUGAGGAAGCUUGGAGACAACGCCUUCCCCUUCUUCUUCGAGUUUCCAGAUAACCUCCCUUGUUCUGUGGCUCUGCAGCCUGGACCGUCUGACGAGGGGAAGAAAUGUGCUGUGGAGUUUGAGGUGAAAGCUUUCUGUGGAGAGACGAUGGAAAAACAGAGUUCUGUCCGUCUGUCCAUCAGGAAGGUCCAGUUCUCUUCUGAGAUCAGUUCCUUGGUUCCUGUGGCUGAGACCACGUUUGAGUUCCUGAUGUCAGAGAAACCGCUCCACGUCAAACUGGGCCUCAAUAAGGAGACCUUUUACCACGGGGAGCCUCUAAAAGUCAACGUUGAAAUCACCAACUCCUCCAGCAGGAACGUCAAAGACAUCAGUGUCUCAGUUGAGCAGGUUUCCAACGUUGUUCUUUACUCCAACGACAAAUACGUCAAAUCUGUGGCCAAAGAAGAAACAGAUGACUCGGUUCCAUCCGGUACGAGCCUGAAGAAGGAGUACACUCUGUACCCUCUGCUGGCCCACAACAAGGACAGGAGAGGACUGGCUCUGGAUGGACGUCUCAAACACGAAGACACCAACCUGGCGUCGUCCAGCAUUGUGAAGCAGGAGGUCCUGAAGGAGAUCCAGGGGAUCCUGGUGUCGUACAAAGUGGUUCUGAGGAUGAUCGCGUCCGGGAUGGUUGGAUCCAGUGAGGUGUCUCUGGAGGUCCCGUUCAAACUGAUGCAUCCCAAACCAGAACCAGCCAAGGAGAGUGAAUCAGACGAUAUGGUCUUUGAGGAGUUUAAGCGGGCCUACCUGAAGGGGGUGGUCUACGGGGACGAUGACGAGUCCCCCACCGAGGCCUGAACUACAAGCAUGGCGCCAGAGGAUGGACACAGCAGGAGACACACUCUGGUCCUCCAGCCACAUCAACUGGUCCUCUGUCCCCUGUCCCGUCCCCUACCCCUGUCCUCUGCUUAACUUUAGCUCGUUUCUUCUCUGAUCAAAGAAUAAAACAUAUAAAAUCUAA